CUACGUCAAAUAGACCAUCUACAACUCUACAUCACCACUGGAACUGGAACUGGAAGCUAGCAGCUACCUGUUCAGCAGAUAUGCAGCUUCGCCAUAGACACAUCCAUGGUAGCUUCUUGGCCGCCAUGGCUUCUACUAAACCGGCCAACCACCAUCUGCAGCUGCUGCUACUGCUUUCCUCUCUGCCCCUGUCAGGCGCGCAGACCACAAACAUCACCUCGGGCUCCUCCCUGCAGGCCGCCGCCGGCGCCGCCUGGCCCUCCCCGUCCGCGCGCUUCGCCUUCGGCUUCUACGCCACGGACGGGGGGCUAGCCGUCGGCGUCUGGCUCGCCACCGCGCCCAACGUCACCAUCACGUGGACGGCCCGCCGAAACGACACGCCCUCCACGGGCGGUGCGCUCCGGAUCACCUACGACGGCCGCCUCGUCUGGACAGGCACCAGCGACGGCCAGGACAGGAGCCUCGCCGUGCCUUCCCAGCCGGCCGUUGCCGGGGCCACGCGCGACGACGGCAGCUUCGUGCUCUACGGCGCCGUCGUCUGGUCCACCUUCGCGGCGCCCACAGACACCCUGCUCCCCGGCCAGGACCUCGCACCCGGCGCGCAGCUCUUCUCCGCCGUCUCCGACACCAACAGGGCCGCCGGGAAGUACCGCCUCACCAACCAGGCCAACGACGGCAACCUCGUCAUGUACCCCGUGCACACGGAGAACGUCGCGGCCGCAGCGUACUGGGACACCGGCACGUUCCAGAUCGGAUUCCCCCUCACGCUGCGCCUCAACGACGCCGGCGUGCUCUACCUCACCGGCAACAGCGGCAACUACACCAAGAACCUCACGCAGCCGGGAGCCGCGAAGUCAGCCGGUGAGCAGCAGGUCUUGUACCGGGUCACGCUCGAUCCCGACGGCGUCCUGCGCCUUUACCGCCACGCCGUCGCGUCCAGCACCGGCGCGUGGAGCACCGACGUCCAGUGGAUCGGCCCGAGCGACCGGUGCCACGUCAAGGGCGCGUGCGGGCUUAACAGCUACUGCGUCCUCGGCCGCGACGCGCAGCCCAGCUGUAGGUGCCCGCCGGGGUUCGGCUUCAUCGACGCCGCCAACGCCGCGCUCGGGUGCACCGAGACGUCGAGCGCCGGCGACUGCACAGCUGCAGCGGCGGGAUUGACUUUGGCCACGACCAUGGCCGCGGUGCAGAACAUGACGUGGGCGGACACGCCGUACGCGGUGGUGGGCGCGGCCACGAGCGCGUCCGACUGCCAGGCCGCGUGCAUGUCCGACUGCCUCUGCGCCGCCGUGCUGCUCAACGGCAACGACGGGACAUGCACCAAGCAGCAGCUCCCGCUCCGGUACGGCCGCGAGGGCGGCGGGUACACGCUCUUGGUCAAAACCGCCGCGGGGACGGCGAGCCCCGCGCUCGGCGGCAGGGGCGGACGCCGCGUCGGGCGCGCGGCCACCGUCGCGCUGGUGUGCGUCGGGCUCCUGACGUGCGUGUCUCUGGUCGCGCUCGUGGCGGCGACGAGGCUUGUCCGGGCGAACCGGAACCGGCGGCUGGCGGACGCGGACGAGGAGGCGCCCCUGCGGUCGUACAGCUACCAGGAGCUGGAGCACGCGACGUGCAGCUUCAGGGAUCCGCUGGGGCGCGGCGCGUUCGGCACGGUGUUCCGAGGCACGCUGGGCGAGCAGGCGGUGGCCGUGAAGCGGCUGGAGAAGGUGGUGGAGGAGGGGGAGCGCGAGUUCCAGCGGGAGGUGCUCGCGAUCGGGCGGACGAGCCACCGGAACCUGGUCCAGCUGCUGGGGUUCUGCCACGAGGGUGCCAACCGGCUGCUGGUCUACGAGUACAUGAGCAACGGGUCGCUGGCGGAGCGGCUGUUCAGCAAAGGCGGCGGCGGCGGCUGGCCGUCGUGGGGGGAGCGCGUGGGCAUCGCCCUGGACGUCGCUCGCGGGCUGCACUACCUCCACGACGAGCUGGAGCGGCGCGUGAUCCACUGCGACGUGAAGCCGCACAACAUCCUGAUGGACGCGUCGGGGACGGCCAAGAUCGCCGACUUUGGGCUCGCCAAGCUGCUGCUGCCGGACCAGACGCGGACCUUCACAGGGGUGCGCGGCACGCGCGGGUACCUGGCCCCCGAGUGGUACCGUGCCGGCGGGCCUGUCACGGUCAAGGCCGACGUCUACAGCUACGGCGUCGUGCUGCUGGAGACGGUGACGUGCCGGCGGAGCAUGGAGCUGGAGGAGGCCGGCGAGGAGCGCACGCUCAUGGAUCUGGCGCACGAGUGGCUGGUGAAGGGGGACGUGGCGCGGGUGAUGGGCACCGACGAGGCCGUGGAUGCGACGGAGGUGGAGAGGGCGGUCAAGGUGGCCGUGUGGUGCGCGCAGGCGGAGCCGCAGGCGAGGCCGGCCAUGAGCACCGUCAUCCUGAUGCUGGAAGGCCACGUGGAGGUGCCGUUCCCGCCGCCACCGGCACCGUCGUGAUCAGGGGCGAAGCUAGAGCUAAUGGGUAGGGGUGCCGUGUGCACACAACUUCAUCAAGAUAUAUAUAGUGACUCAUAGCUCUCGUAGUAUAACUAAUCCGCAACUUUUAAUGUCAAAAUUGAACUUCAAUAAUGGCAAUAUCAUUUUAGUCA